AUGUUGUCCUCAUUUGCUUUCCCUGAUCCCCCAACAAGGGCUGCCAAAGCAGCACUAAAGAAAAAGACACGAGAGGAUGAUCCAGCUUUGCACAGCUUAACAGACUUGGUUAAUCGAUUGGGUGCUCAGUUGGACAAGUUGGAAAGUAUUAGCACAGUCGAAGAGGAACCACAUGAAGAAGAAGCAAAGCGGGAUGAUUCAGCAUCCAAUUACAAGCCUGCUACUGCUAUGGCACCUCAUGAACAGCAGCACCCCGUGGACCCUUUUUCUAUGGAGGUACUUGAAUCAUACGAAAAGCUUUUGCAACAAGAACCCCUUUUGCAUAAGCAGCAUCAUUGCUGCUGCUGUUCGGCAACAACACCAGGCACCGUAACAGCUGCACCAGGUAUUCCAUGGCCAUUGCCCCAACAACCAUGCCGUGAGUUAUCCACAGAUGAAGAUCCUUUGCAAGCAGCAUACACGCACUGGUGUACUUUGAUGCGGUGUCUCCCAUUAAUGGCCCCCUCAGCACAGACCCAUGUACGCGUUAUUGGGUUAUAUGCGAUGCGACAGCUUCUUCAAGCCAUGGAUGCUCGUCGAUGCACUUCAACAGCAACCCUUACUAGUAACGGACAUAAGAGCACCACACGAUGUACUACGGCGACUUGUUCAACAUCAGUUGCAUCACCAAGACAACAAUCCUAUAACAAUACGAGUGCCACUCUCCAAGCGGCUAAUAAUAAUAAUAAUAAUGGACCACAUCAGGCUACAUCCUUGACCCUGGCUCCUCUCUCCUCAUCCUCUCUCCUCAAAAACUCCUCUAGUUGCCUAAAUAUCUAUGCUCACACCGACGCAACGCGUAAGAAGGCUGAUGCAUGGAUCCCUCAUAUCAGGGAUCAAAGAACAACACCAUCCUCUAUCCCAUCAUCACCUCCUCCACCAGCGCCACAACCAUCAUCAGCAUCAUCCAUGCACCAUUAUUACUCCACUACUACUGCUACUACCCCACCCAAUGCCACUUCAUCCUCCUCCUCCAGUGAUCAUCAUCGUCGUCAUGCCAAACUUCGAAAAUGGUUCUUUAAGCGAAAUAAUCGUGUAGCACCCCAAAGCUUCUAG